AUGGAGGCGCUGCGGGCGGCGGGGCGCGCCGUGCUGCGGAGCCCGCGCCUCGCCCGGCACGGUCUGGGUCUCCGCCGGCGGCGCAAGCUUCCUGAGAGCUGGGCUGACAUGCAGGAGCCGCUGCUUGAGGGGAUGUGCUUCACCCUCAAGUAUCUGGGCAUGACGCUGGUAGAAAAACCAAAAGGAGAAGACAUGGCUGCUGCUGCCAUCCGCAGGAUCGUGGCCACGGCACGGGUUGGAGCUCGCAAGUUUCAGAAGGUGAUUCUGACAGUGUCUCCAAGGGGCAUCUCACUGCAGGAUGCAGACACAAAGGAGAUGGUGAAGAACAUCUCCAUCUACAGGAUCUCCUACUGCACAACAGACAAGCUGCAGAACAAAGUCUUUGCUUAUGUUGCUCAGAGCCAGGAGAGCGGGGCACUGGAGUGCCAUGCCUUCCUCUCACCCAAGAAGAAGAUUGCCCAGGCUGUGACUCUGACUGUGGCCCAGGCCUUUCAGAUGGCACUGGAUCUCUGGGAAGCAACACAUGCAGGCUCUAGGCAGGAUCAGCCCCUUCACCCUUCAUGUGUCUUGGAGAGCAGUGAGGCCGGCAGAGCCCGUGAGCCAGCCCCUGCAGGGAGAGCUCCCUUCACACACCACUUUGGGGUACAGUAUGAGGAGGAGGAGGAGGAAGAUGAUAAUGUCAGUGAAACCUUGUCUGGGAUUAAUACCUCUUGUGCCCCCAUCAAGCUCUCCUACAGCACAGCUGCUGUGCUGCCACCUGGGGCCACCCCCGGACAGCUGGACGGGGCUGGGAGGGGCUGCAGACUUCCCCAGCACCGGCACCAGGACUGCUGGCCCAAGUGCUGCCCUGGGCUAAGCCAAAUCUCUGCAACGACGGACCAGCCACUCAGGAUUCACCCUGUGCCUGCACCUGGGCCAGCCAGUGCCUGCCGUCGCCCUGGCACCGCCCUGCUGGCACGGGGGCUGCUGGCACUGCUGCCAUGUAGGCUGCAGCACCUGCUCCUUGUCCUGCGCCACCUGCAUGAACCGCCUCGAGCUGCAGCUGCUCCCAGCUGGGGCGGGGACCCGUGCUCCUCGCUCUCCUCACUGCCAGGCCAUGCAAGCCAUCCUGCAUGCCCUGAGCCUGCCUGAUGCAGCUGGGGCAGGGAACCCGUGCUCCUCGCUCUCCUCACUGCCAGGCCGUGCAGGCCAUCCUGCAUGCCCUGAGCCUGCCUGAUGCAGGCAGUGUCCACCCUCAGGGAGCAACAGCUCUUGGCCUGGAGCAGUGCGUGAUGAAGGCCUUUCCCUUGCAGUUCAGCCCCACACCCUCUCACAAGUGAAAUGACCUGGUUUUUAAAGGAAAGCUCUGCCUUUAGAGAGAAAUAAACUGAGUUUUUUACUAUUGUCA